AUGUCUUCGAAACGAAAAGUGCUUUUGAUGGGCAAAAGUGGCUCUGGUAAAACUUCGAUGCGUUCGAUCAUUUUUGCCAAUUACAUUGCCAGAGAUUGCUCUCGCCUCGGGCCAACUAUUGAAGUCGAACAUGCUCAUGUCAAGUUUCUUGGUAACAUGGUGCUCCAUUUGUGGGACUGUGGAGGCCAAGAAUCGUUCAUGGAGAACUUCCUUGUUUCUCAAAAAGAUCAAAUUUUCAAAAACGUCCAAGUGCUCAUAUAUGUAUUUGACGUCGAGAGUCGUGAAUUUGAAAAGGAUCUCAGAUACUACCAGUCGUGUUUGGAAGCACUGCUUCAGAACUCUCCAAACGCACAAGUCUUCUGCCUCAUCCACAAAAUGGAUCUGAUCGAAGAAGACAAGCGCGAAGAAACAUUCAAGCGGCGUGAAGCGGAAGUGCUUCGUUACAGUGAGCUGGCAGCAACACCUCUUCAAAGUGAGCGGCAAAACGCUGUAUGCCAGUGCUUCAAAAGCAGUAUUUGGGACGAGACUUUGUACAAAGCCUGGUCGGCAAUAGUAUAUCAUUUGGUUCCAAACGUGGGCACAAUGGAAGAUAAGCUCAAAAAGUUCGGAGCGAUUCUGGACGCUGACGAAAUUAUUCUUUUCGAACGGGCAACCUUCCUGGUGAUCGCACAUGCUGUUCUACGCGAACACAAGGAUCCUCAUAGGUUCGAAAAAGUUUCGAACAUCAUAAAACAGUUCAAGCUGUCGUGCACAAAAAUGGGUUCCAAACUCGACUCGAUUCAAGUUCGCAACAGUCAGUUCUCGGCAUUCAUUGAUUCGUUCACUCAGAAUACCUACGUCAUGAUCGUUGUACCUGAUGGAAACGCUUCUGCUCCGAUGAUCACAAUGAAUGUGAAAAACGCAAGAAAAGUGUUCGAAGCAAUCGAAACCAAACCCUAA